AUGUCCACCGACCAAGAGCAACCCGGCGACAACGGUCCAGUCAUUUUGGCAGAUGACUUUAGCGCUGAUGAUACCUCAUCGGACCGGGCAACUAGUAUCGCAUCUUCAAGCACCAGCUUGGCAAGCUCAAUUCUGAACCACCGUAUUGAGAAUGGCAGAACCUAUCACCGAUACAAGGAUGGCCAAUACAGCUACCCUAACGACGAGAAAGAGGCCGAUCGUUUGGAUUUGCAACACAACGUGUUCCUUCUUACACUCGAUUACAAGCUCGGCCUUGCCCCCAUUGCCCAGCCGGACUCCAAGGUAAAGCGCGUACUCGAUGUGGGUACCGGCACCGGCCUCUGGUGCGUUGAAUUUGGCGAUGAACAUCCUGAUGCUGAGGUGAUUGGUAUCGACCUCUCUCCCGCACAAACAAAAUUCGUCCCGCCCAAUGUCAAGUUCGAGGUUGACGACCUCGAGGAGCCUUGGACGUACCACACCAAGUUUGACUACAUUCACACACGCGCAAUGACCUCGAGCAUCUCCGACUGGAAGAAGUUCUUCAAACAAUCUUACGAAUUUCUCGAACCAGGCGGGUACCUCGAGCUGCAAGAAGGCCACAUGAGACCCGAGUGUGACGACGGCACCCUGAAGCCCGACAACCCGCUGCUGGAGUGGGUUGACAAGCUGGAAGAGGCCUGCGACAUCUUUGGCCGCCCCUUUGUCGACUGCCCCGGUCUGAAGCCACUUCUCGAGGAGGUCGGCUUCGAGGACGUCUCAGUGAACAAGUUCAAAUGGCCGCUCAACGGGUGGCCGAAAGACCCACACUACAGAGAGCUCGGGAUCUGGACUGUGGAGAAUGCGCUCGAGGGUCUGGAGGCGUGGAGCAUGGCGCCCUUUACCCGGGCUCUCGAGUGGACAAGGGAGGAGGUCACCGUCUUCCUUAUCAAUGUCCGUAAGGAAUGGCAGAAUAAGAAUGUGCAUGGAUAUAUUCCGGUGUACAUCAUCCAUGCGAGAAAGCCGCUCGAGGAGAAGGAGGAGGAGGAAGAGACAUCUUGA